AUGUCUUAUAGUGCUGAAAAACUUGAAGGUAGUGAUGAUCUUUUAACCAACAUUUUACUACUCCUUCCUGCAAUGCCUCUUUUCAGGUUCAAACUUGUUUCGAAACGUUGGAUGUCUCUCGUCUCCGAUCCCUGUUUUUCUUUCCUCUGGAAGCCUGAAUCUUUUCCAACUGCACUCAUUCUGCACUCGCCUUUUCUCGAUUAUCCUUGUUAUUGCAUUCCUGAUAAAACAAAAUCUAAAGCUUCUAUUAGAUUCUUUGAUUUUAUAAUCAAAGACAAUCCCAUUGACAAUGUUGUAAUUUUGAAUUGUUGUGGUGGUUUACUUCUUUGUCGUAAGAGGUUCUUUGAUUACAUUGUGUGUAAUCCAACUACAAAGGAAUUCCAUACUCUUUCAAAUCCAAAUGUGGAGUCAGUAAACAUGAGUUUGGCUUUUGAUCAUUCGAUUUCGCCUCAUUAA